AUGGUCUCUCAAGAUUUCACCAUCACCUCCGCCGGCGCCCUCUCCGCCCUGACCUCCCUCGGCGGCAUAAUCGGCUACGCACGAACAGGCUCCAUCCCCUCCAUUGUAGCCGGUCUCUCUGUUGGCGCUCUCUACCUCCUGAGUCUGCUCCGCCUACGCAGCAAUCAACCCUACGCCGUGGAGAUCGGACUGCUUGCUUCGACGGUCCUGGCGGGAUCUUCUGUGCCUCGUGCGCUGAGGUUGCGGAAGCCGGUGCCUAUUGCGCUUAGUGUUGUGGCGACCUAUGGAUUGGUGAUUUUUGGGUUGGCGUUUCGCGACAAGAGGGCUGCGAGGAUUUAG